UGGCUCGACCUAAUUCGCCGGCACACUCCGUUGAUACGUUCAGUCACUAGUCACUCGCACCGACCGCGCGCUGCGGCUGUGUCAGACGAUUAAAAAUAAAACGCGCCGGAAUUAAAAAGUUUGUGUUCCAUUUUUGAAUUUGAACUCGUGUUCGUUCGCUUUAUUUCAUCAUGUCUUCAGCCACAGCCAAUAAAAAUACAACCGUCCAAGGAUUAGCUGCCAAGGCUCCAUGGACGGACGAGCAAGGCAUCGCGGUGAAAAUAUACGAAGGUGUGGUGACCACCUUGGAAAUAUUGCUGCUGCUUGUCAAAAUGUGGGUCUCCUGGAUAUACGCCAUGUACCAGCUGGUCACACCGCCCGUGCCGAAGAGCGUCGAAGGAGAAAUUGUUCUGAUCACAGGCGCCGGUCACGGCAUGGGCCGCGAGGUGGCGUUGAGGUUCGGGAAGCUGGGAGGGGUCAUCGUCUGUGUAGAUAUUAAUGCCGCCGGCAACCAGGAAACUGUGGACGCCAUCAAGGCUAACAAGGGGAAAGCACACCGAUAUGAGUGUGACGUAACAGACAGCAAAGCGGUGACCGCGUUGGCGGAGCGCGUGCGCCGCGAGGUCGGUGACGUCACGAUGCUGGUCAACAACGCUGGGAUCAUGCCCUGCAAGCCUCUGGCGCAGCAUUCCGAGAAGGACAUCAGGACUAUGAUGGAAGUCAACGUUAUGGCGCACUUCUGGAUGCUCCAGAACUUCCUGCCAUCGAUGAUGGAGAAGAACCACGGCCACAUCGUAGCCAUGUCCUCGAUGGCUGGCAUGCUUGGUCUCCGGAACCUGGUGCCGUACUGCGCGUCCAAGUUCGCAGUCAGAGGCAUGAUGGAGGCUCUGCAUGAGGAGUUGAGGGAGGAUUCAAAGGAUUACAGUGGUAUCAAAAUGACCGUGAUCUGCCCAUACAUCGUGGACACGGGCCUGUGCAAGAACCCCAAGAUCCGCUUCCCCUCGCUGAUGAAGAUAGUCACGGCCGACGAGGCGGCGGACAACAUCGUCGACGCCGUCAGGAGGAACUACUCCGAGAUCACCAUUCCUAGCUCCCUGUACUAUGUUAACUCGUUCCUGCGACCGCUGCCUAAAGCUGUCCCGCUUCAUCUCAAGGACUUCUUGGACUCUGGGUUGGAGGCUCAAUAACUAAUUUAAGUGUUGAUUAAGUUUAAAUGAGAUGAGACAUUAGCUAAUAG